AUGGCAGAUAUAACGCCAGCACCACCGCAUCAUGAGGAAGAAGGAGACGUAUGUCGAGUAUGUCGUGUAGAAGGGGACGAAACAGAUCCUUUGAUAUACCCAUGCAAAUGUUCUGGAAGUGUCAGAUUCGUGCACCAGGACUGCUUAAAACAAUGGUUAGCUCAAACCGGCAAGAAGCAUUGUGAAAUAUGCGGGCAUAAAUAUACCUUCACCAAGAUCUAUCCCGACCAAUUACCUGAAUCCAUACCGCUAGUAGUAUAUAUACGGCAGUCUCUCUAUUGGUUAUAUCGCCAGCAACUAUGGGUAGCAAGAUGUAUCCUCGUAGUGACCACAUGGUUGAUAAUACUUCCUAGUAUGAACAUGUUCAGUUUGAGAUCGUUACUAUGGAUCACAGAUCACAUAGGCUAUACUGGACCAGAACCAACGGAAAGUUUGGACACAUUAUUCAAAGUCACUUUUCCAAACAGUAACGUCUCAGAAGUCAUCAUCUCGAAUAUCACCGAGCACGUACAGCACAAUAUAACCAGUAGUGGGGAAGCCUCCUCUAUCUCCAAUAUCUCAAAAGGAAUAAGCGUUGGUGACGUUGUCGACAGACCUAUGUCCACAUUAUUUGGAGUACUUCGCGGAGCGUUCGAAAAGUGGAUGAAAGGAGAUGAGAACAGUGUCGUAAGCUUUGUUUUACGCGGGCAGGUCCUUUCCAUAACCCUCGCUGCUGUUCUAAUCGGUCUGAUCCUAUUGAGAGAAUGGAUCACGCAACAUAAUUGGCAAGAAGGUGCACGACCUCAAGUUGUCGAACAGGGAGAUAUAAACCCUGAUGAGUGGAUGAUCGUUAAUGGAAUUGCAAGACGAACAACCGAUGUCAUGGCUGCUUUGUUAGGGAAAGCAAGGCAAGAUAGAGAAAGACGAGUGCCGAUACCGCGGCUCGGUCGUGAGCAAGAGAGGGAAAUAGCUAGAUUGCGAAGGCAACAAGCGACAACUAGACAUAUCCGAGAGCAGAUAGAUGCUCAAAUGGACGCACAAUUGGCAUCUCCGAUUGCUUCGCCCAUAGACAGUGAAGAAGAGGAAGAACCCAAUGCUCAGGAUCAAGAUGCAAUAGGUGCUGAGCCGGAUGAAGCAGGAGGAUCGCUAGGAAAGUACGAUAUUAAAUACCCCAGGAGCGAUGAUGGAGAACCUCUGUUCGUUGGCCGACCAAUCCCUUCAGAACCGGACGCUAUAGCUUCUGCGCUACAAGAGUAUCGUCAAUCUCAUCGACUUGCUGAACGAAGAGCAGAAGAAGCAUUGCCGUCGACCCGUGAGAACGAUCUCGCCGGUCAAGCUUUCGAUACUUUGUUGGAUCAAGCUUUAUCUGGUUCUCAACUCCCAGUAUCAAGAACCUCCUCCCGCAAUGCUUUUGAAGGGGAAAGCGAGGCCGGGCAAAGUCAGCCGCGAGUAAAGCGAACCAAUACAGGGAAGAGUCGAGAAGAAAGUUCUGAUUUGAUAGAAGAAAAGAAACAAGCUAGGCAAAGUUUCAAAGAAAGGGAAGAGGUGGCAUACAAAGCACCAGAAUUGUUGAAGAAGGGGAAAAACAAGGAAGAAGUAUCAGAGAAUCACAUAGCUGGACCAAGCAAUAAUAACUAUCCCUCGGAAGGCGAUAUACCACUAUUCUUACCCGCUUCACGUAGUCGGUCAUCCUCAUCUACGUCUUCAACUUCAACAUCCAAAAAUAACAUAUUCAGAGCGGGUGAGACGAUUAGGUUUGAUGAAUCUGGUAAUCUUCUACAUGAAUUACCUCGACCUGCCACUCCCGACCGUAAUCCUUUCAUUCAGGAGCCAGAAGGAGCUGAAUCAGCCGAAGAGCAUGAUGGCGAGUGGGAAGAUGAGCGGGAAGCUGGUCUUGACGAAGAAGCUGAUCGUCAUGGCCGCGCGCCAGCGGACGGCAUUGAGGGACCGGCAGACGACCUAGAGGAAGCAGACUUAAGACCCGCACAAGUCCAGUUAAUGGAGGAGAUCGAGGGAGAACCUUGGGAUAGAGAUGAUUGGAAUGGUAUGCUGGAAGUGGUCGGAUUGAUAGGGCCGUUGCAUGGCUUAUUUCAAAACGUUUUGUUUGGUGUUAUCAUAAUGUCCGCUUCCAUAUCCAUUUUCAUCGGCCUCCCUCUGCUCAUAGGCAAAUUAUUCUUAUCCACCGACCUGAUACGUUCCUCGCUUUCGAUUGCUGGUAGAACACUAUACCUCAUCCGAAAAGUGACUGACCCAAUAGUCGAUAUAAUAUUCGAGAUAGUAAAGGAAGUAGUUGCGCUCCCCUUGAUAGCUUCCGUUCGAGCUGCUGAGAAUCUCUUGGCUCGUAAACUUGGUUUAGAAAGUGGAUCAAAAGCAAACAUCUUAGCGAAGUUAUCGUCCAUCGUUUCUUCCACCUCGUCGUCUUCCACGAGUGUCGGUAGCGAAGAAAAAGGCAGAUAUGUCACUCUGCUUGCGGAUGGACUAGCUUGGGUCGGACAAAAUACGUUUGAUGCCUACCAAUCUUAUAUCGAUGGUAAACGUAAAAUAUCGAUAUCUGAUGCCGUAUCCGACAGAGUUCUGAUGGUUUUUAGUGGGUAUGGGGUUGCGGGAGGUAUAGUAGGUCUCAUUGCUUUACCUGGAGAAAAUGGAGGCGCUAUUAGCAAAGAGUUGAGCAAGAUAGUUAAGGAGCACGCUAUGUUUUUAAAGCUCGCCUUUUUUAUGGUUCUUGAACUUGGGGCGUUCCCCCUCGGGAUAGGAAUGAUGAUAGACGGUUGUACGGUCCCACUCUGGUCAGGAGUAACUUUAUUGAGCAGAUUGGAGAAAUUGAAAGCAGGACCCUUUGGAGUCAUGUUCCUCGAUUGGCUUAUCGGAACGAUGUUCAUGUACCAGUUCGCUACUCUCCUCUCACAUAUCCGUACCUUAUGUCGACCAGGUACUCUAUUCUUCAUCCGCGAUCCUGCGGACCCGAACUAUUCACCUGUCAAGGAUAUAGUGGACAAAAGCGCUUUCUCUCAACUAAGAAAGCUUGGUACUUCAGCUGUGAUGUAUGCUGUCAUCGUUUUCACCCUCUUUGGAGGUUCGUGUUGGACUUUGGCAUAUUUACCUCGCGUCGAUUUCCUGCCACUCCGUGUGGAUCCCACCUUUGGUCCUCUUACAUCGAUACCUUUCGACUUGCUCUUCCUGCACCUUGUUGUCCCUCCCACUGUGACUAUCAUCCGUCCCCGUCACCGCAUGCGCAAGAUCUUAACUGUAUGGUGGAAAUCAACCAUCAAUCUGGUCCGAUUAAACACGCUCAUGGCUAAACGUUCUACUUCCACAGAUCACAAAACCUUGAAUGAUGAGCCUAGCAGAAUCGACAAGGUAUGGCCAAUCCUUGAUCCCAUUUGUCAAUUGAUGUUUGGUAAAUAUAAUCCUACUACGACAAGAGCUCGGGUCCCAUCCUCUGAUCAAGUCAUUCUAUUACCUCCUGCACAGAGGAAAGCUGAAGGAGGUGUAUUCAUCGCACUGAACGAAGAAGGAGUGCCAAACUCGCCUGAAGACAAGAUGAGGUUAUUAAAGCAAGAUAGAAGAGCUAGAGAAGCUGGUAGAGAACCUUCGAGAGAUUACGAAGUGAUUCGAUUACCCCAAUAUUGGAGGACUAGAGUACAUACUUUCAUCGGCGUUACUCUGCUCAUGGCGGCUACUGUUAUUGCUACAGCUGUUUUCGGGCCCGUAGCAGUAGGUAGACUGGCAAGCUCGUUCAUAAGCAAUGGCAGCGCAAAGAAGAUUCACGAUGGAUACAAUUGGUUAUUCGGGGCGUAUAUAAUUCACCUUUCAUUCUCAUUAGGUCUGACCGCCAGAAGACAUAUUUUAACUCUGUCCAAAGCUGGUAGAUUGAGAAGAUCAGGACGAUCCACAAGAAUUAAAAGGACUAUCAUGAGGUUUUUAGCUGGAACAUACGGUCUAUUGUUGGUGUAUGGAGUCAUUCCAAUCGCAGUAGGAUUGUUAGGUGAUAUAUAUGGAUCAACAUUUUCUUGGACGAGAAAGGCUGGCGAAGGUGGGAGACUCCUCAUUCAUUUUUGGGAUACAUGGGCAAUGGGAACGGUGAUUUGUUCUUUAGCUGUGGGGUUGAUGAAAAACAUAUCUCGAUUUAGACCUGCCAGAAGUUCAAGAUUGGAUAAUCUAAAAGAGAGAUUCCAAAAUCCUAUCCCGAAAGACUUCAGUUCGACACAUCAAAUCUUACCAACCAUAGGAUAUCUACUCAUUCCUGUGGUCUCACCAUUCGUCAUUACGGCUUUAAUUGUUUUAGCCAGUAAAGGCAAAUAUUCGGAUGAAGUAUAUCAAGGUCUUCUUCUCGCCAUUAUACCAUUAUUACUGAGGAUACUCGUGAUCGUCUUGAUUAGACAAUGGUUCUCUUCUGGUUGGAGUACGAUGAGACAACAAAUGAUUGAUGCUGAGUAUGUAGUAGAAGAGAAAGUGGAGAAUUAUGAUCCGUCAUUAGAAGACAAAAAGAGGAAAAUCAGAGAAGCAAAAGGGAAAGCAAAGAAAGCUGAUCUUCAUGGAAAUGAAGACGAACCUGUCAGUGAUGAAGACAAACAGAAAGGAAUGGAUGAAGAAGAAGAACAAGAAGAACACGAUUGGGAAGAUACGGUCGAUGAAGUUGCUGAUGAAGAUGAUGAUAAUGAUGAGAUCUUCAAAGUGGAUUAA